UGUCUUCUCUCUUCUCUUCUGGAAUCAGAGAGAGCAUUUACAUUGUCUUUUAACGUUUUGUUUUCAUACAUAUCAAACUUGGAUUUUUAUUGUUAUGGCCCUAGUAUGGAAACUAUUCAUGUUUCUUUACUGCUGUUUGUUAAUCUCCGGCAGUUUAGUCACCGCCGGAAGACAAGUGUUUGAGGAUCAUGAAGAAGAAGCGCAAAGAGAAGCUGACAGAGUGAAAGACUUGCCGGGACAACCGCCGGUGAAGUUCCGGCACUACUCUGGCUACAUCAAACUUGACCCUAUUAAAGGUCACAAGGCUUUGUUCUACUGGUUCUUUCACGCCCAACAAAACUCUCCCCACAAACCUCUCGUUCUUUGGCUCAAUGGAGGACCUGGAUGCUCAUCCAUAGCCUACGGAGCUGCACAAGAACUUGGCCCAUUUCUUGUCCGAGGCAAUGGAAGCCUAAUUCUCAACAAAUUCUCCUGGAACAAAGCCGCAAACAUGUUGUUCCUUGAGGCACCAGUGGGUGUAGGGUUUUCAUACACAAACAACUCAAAGGAUUUGCAUGAGCUUGGUGAUAGAGUCACCGCUGAAGAUUCCUACGCUUUCUUGAUUGGAUGGUUUAAAAGGUUUCCAAGCUUCAGGUCUCAUGAUUUCUAUCUGGCUGGGGAGAGCUAUGCAGGUCAUUAUGUUCCUCAACUUGCUGACCUCAUUUAUGAGAGAAACAACGGAGCCAACAAAGAUUCAUUCAUCAAUCUCAAAGGUUUCAUGAUUGGAAAUGCUGUGAUCAACGAGGAAACAGAUAGCAAUGGAAUAUUUGAGUAUGCAUGGAGCCACGCCAUAAUCUCAGACAAGCUCUACAAUAGCAUAGUGAAGGAAUGUGAUUCUAAAAAUGUAGAUAAGCAAGCAGAAGCAAAUUGUGCAAUCCAUGUCAGAGACUUCUUAGAAGCUUACUCUGAAAUCGAUAUAUAUAGCAUCUACACACCAAUCUGCAUCAAUUCUAACAAAGGAAUUACUUCUCCAAAGCUUCUUAAUGUUGCACCUCGCCUCUUCACAAAACACGACCUUUGGCAUUGGCUACCAUCAGGAUACGAUCCAUGCACAGAGGAUUACGCCGUUAGAUUUUUCAACAGAGAGGAUGUUCAGAGGGCCCUACAUGCCAAUGUCACUCAGCUUUCCUAUUCUUACUCUCCUUGCAGUGGCGUUAUUGGGAAGUGGAAGGACUCACCUGACACUGUUCUCCCCAUCAUUCGAAGACUCUUACAAGCUGGCCUUCGUAUUUGGGUCUAUAGCGGUGAUACUGAUGGGAGGGUCCCUAUAACAUCGACGAGAUAUAGCAUAAAGAAAAUGGGAUUGAAAAUAAAGGAAGAGUGGAGGGCUUGGUUUCACAAGGGCCAAGUUGCGGGAUGGGUAGAGGUGUACGAGGGCGGCCUCACUCUAACCACCGUGAGAGGUGCAGGCCACCAGGUCCCGGUCCUUGCUCCCCAUCAGUCUCUUUCUCUCUUCUCCCAUUUUCUCUCCGCUAACACCUUGCCGGCUUCAAGGUUCUAGUAUAGCUAGUAUUUAGUAGUACGUACUAGGACUGUCCAAGGCAGCUGAUAAUGAAUUUGUUGCAAAUCCUAUUGCACACUGAUAUCAUUUCUAUAUAUAUAGACUUUAUUUGGACAGUUUUUAUAUGUAUUAGUAAACAAUUGUGAUUCAUUAUUCUAUAGCUUAGUUGUUUGAAAAAGAAAAACCAUCUCUCAUCUCGCACGAGUACAAAAGAAAUUA